AUGGAAGCAGAAUCUACUUUGCCAACCAUUUCAGAGAGAAUGCGUUGGGAAGCUAUUAAGGAGGAUGGCGAGGAUGCUUAUGAGUUGGAAAUUUCUGAAGAAGAAGAAUUGGAAGAAGGAAACAUCUCCCUCUCUUACUCAACAUGUAUUGAAGAUUCCAUCCGACUUGAAAAUAGUUUGGAUUCAUUUGCAAGAGAAAAUAAUUUGGAGAAGUGCUCCGUAUUAUUCAAAUUAUGUUGUUCCGUAUACAUAAAAAAACGAGAUUUCAUAUUUAAGCGCGAUAAAGAUUUUGAUUUCGUUAAAGGACAGCUUCAGGAAGCAAGCACCAUUAAGGAGGAGUUCAAAUCCAUUGAAGAGACUGUCAUGACCAAUCACAAUCCCUUUGCUUUUAUCAAGGAAAAUAUUCUCUUUCUUGGAGAUGAAAACAAGAAGAACAAAAUGUGGGAAUCUGCCAAUCAAGUUGUAACAUCAUAUUUCUUUCAACUACUCUUCUACAGAUCUAAGAAUUUCAAGACUGGAGGCCUUGAAGAAUUGCAUGAGCUUAAAGAAAUGAUCAACUCUCUGAAGAACAUUAAUUCCAACGCUGGAACAGAACAAGCCAAAAAACUGAAGAUGAACAAAACUGCUCAACCUGAUUUUUAUUCAACUUUCAACGUUGAUGGUGAAUCCAACCAUUGGCUGGUUUCCUUAGUUGUAGAGUUUCAAAGAAAAGGUUUGAAACCAAAUCAAGACCAUAAGGAUACAUGA